AUGUCUUUCGGAACAAUCUACUCCUACCCCAACAACCCCCGGGUUAUGAAGAUCCUCUCCGCCGCAAAACUCAACAACCUCGACAUCUCAUACCCCGCCUUCCAAAUCGGCGCCGACAACCGCACCCCCGAGUUCCUCGCCAAAUUCCCCCUCGGCAAAGUCCCCGCCUUCGAAGGCGCGGACGGAACCAAGCUCGUUGAAUCGGACGCAAUCGCGCAGUACGUCGCCGAGAGUGGUCCCGCGGCGGCGCAGUUGCUGGGUGGCGCGCCCGCCGAGCGCGCGGCCAUCCGCCAGUGGAUCUGCUUCGCCGAUGGGGAGAUCCAGGGUCCUGUGCUGCAGCUGAUUCUGCCCCGGCUGGGGUACGUGCCGUUUGACGAGAAUACCGAGAAGAAGAACCUGGAGAAGUUGGAGAAGGCAUUGGCAUACAUGGAGGGCCACUUGAGAGGCCGUAACUGGGUCGCGACCGAGGAGAAGCUGAGUCUGGCGGAUAUCAGCGUCGCGGCUGCCCUCUACUGGGGCUUUGCCAGGAUCAUUGAUCAGGAGAUGCGCCAGAAGUACCCCUUCGUCGUCUCUUGGUACGAGAAGACCAUCGAGAGCGAGGGCGUCAAGCAGGCCUUUGAUGAGAAGAAGUUCGUCGAGAAGCGUGAAACUCCCAAGGCUUGA